UUGAGCGCCUCCCAGCCUUGCUUGUCAAGCUGCAGCUGGCAAGGGGCGGUGACGCGCGGGAGGCCGGAGGACGUCAGGGACGCGCGGUCGAGCCUCCAGCCCGCCCCCGAGUGCCUUCCGGACUUUCUUUGCCGGUGACGCCGCGGCCCGGGCAACCGGCACUUGCUAGUCGGCGCGCGCUCUGCAGAAGUCCAGCUCCUCGCGCGGCGGGGCCCGAAGAUGGCGGCCUGCAAACUCUUCUCCUCGGGGCUUCGGCUCAGCGCCUCCUCCCGUAGCUCUGGGGCUGCCUGGUCCAAGGGAUGUGUUUGCUACUUUUCGACAAGUGCCCGUCACCAUACCAAAUUUUAUAAUGAUCCAGUGGAAGCUGUAAAAGACAUCCCUGAUGGUUCAACCAUUCUGGUUGGUGGUUUUGGGCUAUGUGGAAUUCCAGAGAAUCUUAUUGGAGCUCUGCUGAAGACUGGAGUAAAAGGGCUAACUGUAGUCAGCAACAACGCAGGGGUCGACAACUUUGGCUUGGGCCUUUUACUUCGAUCCAAGCAGAUAAAACGGAUGAUCUCUUCAUAUGUGGGGGAAAAUGCAGAGUUUGAACGACAGUUCUUAUCUGGUGAAUUAGAAGUAGAACUGACACCUCAGGGCACACUUGCAGAGAGGAUUCGAGCAGGUGGGGCUGGAGUUCCUGCAUUUUACACCAGCACAGGGUAUGGGACCCUGGUGCAAGAAGGAGGAGCACCCAUUAAAUACAACAAGGAUGGCAGCAUUGCCAUUGCCAGUAAGCCAAGAGAGGUGAGGGAGUUCAAUGGCCAGCAAUUUAUUCUGGAGCAAGCAAUUACAGGGGAUUUUGCUUUGGUGAAAGCCUGGAAAGCAGACCAAGCAGGAAAUGUGAUUUUCAGGAAAAGUGCAAGGAAUUUCAAUUUGCCAAUGUGCAAAGCUACAGAAACCACAGUGGUAGAGGUUGAAGAAAUUGUGGCUAUUGGAUCAUUUGCUGCGGAAGAUAUUCAUAUUCCUAAGAUUUAUGUACAUCGCCUUAUAAAGGGAGAAAAAUAUGAGAAAAGAAUUGAGCGUUUAUCAAUCCGGAAGGAAAGUGAUGAAAAACCCGAAUCUGAUAAGCCUGGAGAUAAUAUAAGGGAACGAAUCAUCAGACGGGCGGCUCUUGAAUUUGAGGACGGCAUGUAUGCUAAUUUGGGCAUAGGAAUCCCUCUCCUGGCUAGCAACUUUAUAAGCCCAAAUAUAACUGUUCAUCUUCAAAGUGAAAAUGGAGUGCUUGGUUUGGGUCCAUAUCCAUUUGCGCAUGAAGCUGAUGCAGAUUUAAUCAAUGCAGGCAAGGAAACAGUUACUGUUCUUCCAGGAGCCUCUUUUUUCUCCAGCGAUGAAUCAUUUGCGAUGAUUAGAGGGGGACAUGUCGAUUUAACAAUGCUAGGAGCAAUGCAAGUUUCCAAAUAUGGUGACCUAGCCAACUGGAUGAUACCUGGGAAGAUGGUGAAAGGAAUGGGAGGUGCUAUGGAUUUAGUGUCCAGUGCCAAAACCAAAGUUGUGGUCACUAUGGAGCAUUCUGCAAAGGGAAAUGCACAUAAAAUCAUGGAGAAAUGUACAUUACCACUGACUGGAAAGCAGUGUGUCAACCGCAUUAUUACAGAAAAGGCUGUGUUUGACGUGGACAAGAAGAAAGGGCUGACUCUGAUUGAGCUCUGGGAAGACCUGACAGUGGAUGACAUACAAAAGAGCACUGGGUGUGAUUUUGCAGUUUCACCAAAACUUAUCCCAAUGCAGCAGAUCACAACUUGAAAUGUGAAACAGACAUUUGUUUUUCAUUUUAAACAUAGGAUUUAAUUGAAAGGACAUCAGGAUCAUAAUUGUAUAUUUAACAAGCUGUUUUUGAUACAUUUCUUUUAGUGUUUCAGAACUUAUACAACUAUAUAGACUUUGUUCUCUCGAGCAUGGUGUGACGUUUUAAUGAAAACAAAAGAAAAAUAUUUAUGCUUAUCUUGUUUCGUAAGUGCUGAGAAGGUUGUCCGUACCAUUGGUGCUCGUAUGGACAUACCCAUACCUUCAUCAUGUAUGUGCGUAUGCUAAAUUAUAUGUAGCCCACUAAGGGGGGCCCUCACAAGAGUUUCACUAAAUUAUGACUUAACAGUCCUGAAAGAAAAAUAACAUAUAUGUGAAAUUGUUAUUAGGAGGAAUGCUCUCUUGAUGAUUAUUUAUCCUUCAGCCUUCUCUGACUUUUAUUAGGGGCCCUGAUUUUGUGAUUGCAUCUUAUCUCCCUACACCAUCCCCCUUCCUCCCAUACUUUUUAUAGCUAAAUAGAUAGCCAAGAGGACAAGCAGGAGUGUCUCUGGGAAGAAAGGUAACUGGUUUGUAGAAGAAACAGGAAGGUAUAGGCUGGAUUGAUGCUGAAAUCUCACCAAGAAGUUGCCUUAAGGACAGACAUCCAACCAUCUCUUUGUGCUUCUCCAUAAUCUAAAGUUAAAUAUAAGAAGAGGGCUAGAAACCCAACUGAUCAACUUGAAUAGUUUUCAGAUUUUAAAACAGCAUAGUAUUCCUUUAUAUCCAGAAAGAUCCUUAAGAUUCUUUUGCUGUUGCUGAGGCCCAGUGGGCUACUUGUACUUACUUCUUCUUAGGCCAAAAGGGGUAUGAGUAAUUUAUCAUUAGUCCUUAGUCACAAUGAUAGCAGAGUUCAAAGAUAUGAAAAUAACAUAAUAUACUUAAUUUUUAGGCUCACAUUUCUAUUUAGAAAAGAUUCUAAAUAUUGAAUGACUUUCUACAGAACAGUGUUUUAGGGGUUGUUUUGUUUUGUUUUGUGUUUCUGCCUAUGCUACUUAUUUUACUGAAGUGCUUCUAAUUUAUCCUUAUCCAGGUAGAGGAAAUAAUGAUAGACAAGACCUGGAUUUAAAGAAUUGAUCAACUUUAGAGUUGGAAAUGGAUUUGGUGGAUUAGAUUUGGAAGAAGUGUUUUCUCAAGAGUAUCUUCAAUACCAGACAGUCAUUGGGGCAGGGGGACACUUCAGAAGCAUCUUGGGUAUCAGAUAGGAGAAAGUGCAGGCCCUCUGAAGUCAUACUGGCCAGCUGGCCUUUGGACAGAGGUAGGCAUAAUACAGUGUAAUAUAUCAUUAUCUUGGCAUUCAGUGUAGGAACUUAUGCAUAUUUUAGGUGAUAGUUGUGAUUGAAACUCAUUUCUCUUCCAGUACAGCUACAGUCAUAUAGUGAAUAAUAUUCAAGGGAAAAGAGAAUUUUUAUGAGUACCAUACUCCAUAUAUAAAAUAGGCUUUCUGACUAGCUGCAUGGUUGAAAGUAUACACUCCCAGUACUGGUAAAAAAACAAAGAACCUUUCUUAUGAUGUACAAGAUACAUGAGAGUAAUAUAUCUAUAUUAGAGUUAUGAUUUGAAAAAAUAUUUUCUUGAUUGUUGUAUUUUCAAAGUUACUUUCUCAUCAUGCCAGUUGUUACUUUAACAUGUGAUUUUGAGAAUGUUCUAAACAUUGGCAAAAUCUAAGUUAAUAACUUAGUAUUCUUGAUGAAAUAGUACUGAGAUGUUAAAUGCAUUAAGAAAUACAAUAAAGAUUCAAAUUGAUAGAGA